AUGGAUACAAAACUCGACAGCACCUCCUCUUCCACCGACGCCGGGUCCCAUGCAAAGGACGCCGGAAGCAGUGUCGGAGGCCCCAAGGCCAUCAUUAAGAACGUCGAUAUGAGCGAGGAGAUGCAGCAGGAGAGCGUGGACAUCGCGUCGGCAGCUCUCGAAAAAUACAACAUCGAAAAAGACAUAGCUGCCUACAUCAAGAAGGAGUUCGACCGAAAGCACACUCCUACAUGGCACGUCGUUGUAGGCAAGAACUUUGGGAGUUAUGUAACUCAUGAAACGAAGCACUUCAUCUACUUCUACGUUGGCUCACUGGCAAUCCUUAUCUGGAAGUCAUAG